AUGCCUAUCAUGACGACUCGCGAUCGUCAGGCCUACAGGGCCGACGAAACCAAAGACCAUACACUGUUAUCAGAGAAGGAGAGGCAGAGGAUGCUCAAUUCUUAUCUCCCUAAGCCCAACGAUCCUCCGCCUACUCUAGGCUCAAACUCUCGACCACAGCGACGUUCGCGGUUAGGACUUCGUCGCUUCAUCCUCAACCAAAUCCACAUCCUCAUCUUUGCCAUUAUGCAUGGGAUCUUCUCCCUUUACAUAAAGAUACGCCAGACCUGGAACGUGGUGGGCUACCAAAUCUCAUCCGUCGUCAAAUAUCAUCAUGGAACACCGCAAUACAUUAAGAAGGACCUGGUCGGUUUGACGAAAAAGCCAAAGCAUCUCAGUGUUAUUCUGAAGCUUGAGGAGAAUCACCGCACAAAGGCUGAUGUCGAGCGGCUCCUUGACGAGGUAGCCGAGAUUGCGACAUGGUGCGCUUGCGCCGAGAUUCCGAUGCUUUCUGUGUACGAGAAGACAGGGAUCCUCAAGAAGCACAUGCCCCGAGUUUACGAUGCUGUUAACCAAAAAUUCGCAUUCUACUUUGGCCCCGAGCAUCCUGGUCUGAGUGUUACAUCACCCCAUAAGGAGGACCUCCCAGCGCCCUUUGGUGAGAAGCCCAAGGAGCAUCUGCGUCUGCACCUCAUCUCUGAGCAAGACGGCCGUGACUCCAUGGUCGAUCUCACACGUACCUUGGCCGAAAUGUCGCAGAGGGGCAAGCUUUCUCCUCACGAUAUCUCCAUGGAACUGAUUGAUGCUGAGCUUUCUGAGGGCAUCAUGGAUGAGCCUGAUCUUUUGCUUACGUUUGGUCCCUACCUCGAACUGUCAGGCUAUCCUCCCUGGCAGAUCAGAUUGACUGAGAUUUUCUGUUUGCAAGACAAUGAGAGAGUUGGGUACCAGGUCUUCCUCAAGGCUCUGCAGCAUUACGGGAGAGCCCAGAUGCGCCAUGGUAAAUAA